AUGGAUGAGGGUAACACACAUGAUGAAGACGAAACAGAUUGUAAUGACGUGCCUGAAGAAAUAACGGAAGAGGAAUAUAAUGAACUAUUUAUGUGGAUGCAUAGACAAAGAAUUAGAGUUACUCUUACAGGUGAGCAUGCAUUCUGCCAGCCCACAGAAUUACAUGACCAGCAGCUACAAUAUCCAGAAUACCGUUUUUUAGACUGUGUUGAAGGACACCAUAAAUUAAACUCUCCCCCAGCAAAAUCUCCUCGCUUGGAAUCCAAAACAGUUCACGAGUUGCCUGUAAGAGCGUUGAAUGAAGUUUUUGUUGGAGAAAGUUUAUCUUCAAGAGUUUCCUACUAUGAGUUAUCAAUUGACUCAGCACCUAAAGAGAAGCUGAAGAGCUCUGGAAUGACU